AUGAUCCUCCUCCGCUCCUCUUUCCGGAGGCUAGGAUCGACUCGGGAUCCGUCCCUCGUAUGUUCGCGAUGUCUCAUACGCAACAACCGUCCUCAUCCGCCCUCCGCCCUCCGCAGCUUCCUGUCGUCCGCGCGAUCGCAGUCAAGUGUUGCAGAUGAUCAAUCCUCUUCCGCUGUCCUCCAGAAGACGUAUUUCUCUGCGAAUCGAGGCAUUGGGAGUACACCGAGCAAGGAUGGCAUUUCCCCCUCAUUAUCACCCACCAGUCCCGCGCAUGCGAAUGCUGCCAAUACCCCCAGAAGCGAAGGCGAAGCGGGGUCAGCUUCUACGGAAUCAAUUGAGUCGGAAUUGCCUCAUCGUCGAAGGAAACGUCUAAAGGAAGAAGCAGCUGGAAAUAAUGGAGCAGAUCAUGUUAUCCCGCCAGAUGCCUCAGCGCAGUUGUCGCACCUCUCAGCCACUCUCCCCAAAACCUCUAUCCGCCGCAAAUUAGCCGCCUAUCUUGCUCUAACAAAACCUCGUCUUUCCGUGUUGAUCGUGCUGUCUACAACAUCUGCAUAUGGCAUGUACCCUAUCUCGUCUCUCCUUGCUCUUGACCCAUCAAUGACGCCGCUUCCGACCCUAUCAACUUCUACACUUACUCUUCUCUACCUCACGGCGGGAACAUUCCUUUCGUCUUGCAGCGCCAAUACAUUGAAUAUGAUGUUCGAGCCCAAAUAUGAUGCACUUAUGUCCCGGACACGCAACAGGCCUAUCGUCCGUGGUCUCGUCUCCCGUCGUGCUGCCUUUGUGUUCGCCGUUGCCACAGCCGCCUCGGGUCUCGCUUUGCUAUACUUCGGUACCAACCCAACCGUGACUGGUCUGUCGGCUGCGAACAUCUUCCUGUACGCCUUCGUUUAUACGCCAUUGAAGCGUAUACAUGUAAUCAAUACCUGGGUCGGCGCUAUCGUAGGAGGUAUUCCUCCGUUGAUGGGUUGGGUCGCAGCGGCUGGCCAAACAGCGACAACGGGCCACGACACAUGGCGCGACAUGCUCUUUAGCAAAGAUAGCAUUGGUGGUUGGCUGCUCGGAGGGAUCUUGUUCGCAUGGCAGUUCCCCCAUUUCAACGCCCUCUCCCACACCAUCCGCGAAGAGUACAAGAGAGCUGGAUACAAGAUGCUCUGCUGGGUCAACCCCGCUCGCAAUGCCCGCGUCGCGCUGCGUUAUUCCAUUCUGAUGUUCCCGAUAUCCAUUGGUCUUUGGUAUGUCGGUGUUGUCGGCCACGGCUUCUUGGUCAGUAGCAGUAUCGCAAACGGUUGGCUGGUGAAAGAAGCAUACCAUUUCUGGCAGCAUCAAGGUGCCAAUGGCACAGCCCGCGGUCUGUUCUGGGCCAGUAUCUGGCAACUUCCCAUCCUGCUUGUCGGUGGUCUAGUUACGAAGAAGGGCUUAUGGGACGGUGUCUGGAGGAACGCAUUCGGCCAACCCGAAGAAGACGAGGAUGAUUAUCUCUACUAUGACGACGAAAGUGAAGAUGGAGAGAUAGGAAACAAGAUCACACCCCAGUCGGCAUCUGUCGCUGGUUCCCGCCCUGCCAAUGCAGCAUAG